AUGCUAACAGCUGUCCCUCGCGUAUUGUCUCGCAUUUAUUCUAAAUAUGAAAAGGCUAUUGGUGGAUCAGCUUUGAAAACUCGUUUAUUUAACCGUGUACUUAAACAAAAACUCAGCGAACAAAGACGUGGGAAAUUUAAUCACCAAAGUCUUUUGGACACACUUUGUUUUAAGAAACUCCGUCAAGCUCUUGGUGGACAUGUUUGUGGAAUAAUAACUGGUGGUGCUCCUCUGAUGCCUGAUAUUCUGAAUUUCGUACGCGCUGUAUUUAAUGGACUUAUCGUCGAAGGUUAUGGUUCAACAGAAACCACGGGAGUCAUAACUGUCUCUUUAGUUGGUGAAUAUCGAACUGGCAUAUUGGGUGCAGUUGCUCAUGGUGUAGAAGUAAAAUUGGCUGACGUACCGGAUUUAGAUGUGGUCGCUAAAAGAGACAAUAGAGGAGAGAUUUGUGUGAAAGGUAAGCGGUGCACCAAGGGUUAUUAUAAAGACCCACAAAAGACAGCGGAAUUAAUCGAUUCAGAUGGCUGGCUUCAUACUGGGGACAUUGGAGAAUGGAGUCCAGAAGGUGCACUGAAAUUGGUUGAUCGUAUUAAAAGCAUUUUCAAAUUGGCUCAGGGUGAAUACAUAGCACCAGAAAAACUUGAAACAGUUUAUCAAAGUUGUGUUUUGGUUAACCAAAUCCUUGUUGACGCCAAUUCACAGUCCAGUUUUCUUGUUGCCAUAGUUGUACCAAAUUUCUUUAUGUCAAAUGAAACUGUAAAUCGCAUCAUUCUCAGUUCUCUGAACCAAAUUGCAACUGAGAAGCAUCUGAAAGGAUUUGAAAAUUGA